UGAGCGUUGGAGGAGGGAGAAGGCCCGGUCGUAGUGGUCUGUCUCUGCAUGCGGUUCCUCGGCGUUGCUGUCAAUUCACCGCCCGCCACACGUCAGUAGGCAAAAGACUCGGCUCUGAGGCGGGCGAAACCGAGCGGCAGCGGAGUGCUCGGUCUUGGUUGACCGGCCGGUUGGCCGGCAAACGAGGAGGUAAACAGACCUGGACAGGUACAACCGGGUUUCAGGUGAAUGUUCUAACUGACUGAUUGCAGUCAUCUGGGUUGUAUCAUGGCUUCAGGUGGCGGUGAUGAAAACCCUUUCAAAACAAAUCCAGCUAACCUGCAUAAGAACCGUUGUAGGCGCCCAUCAAGACCAGUAACAGAGGAAGGUGUUGUGCAGGAAACUGAGGACGUUUUCAGGAGUUACGUCUUCUUCCGGUACCAAUCGGAGAGAGAAGAAGGAGCAAAUGUCCCAGAGGAUCCGGAGAUAAUUGAGAUGCAGCAGCCUCCUGAAAAUACUCCAACUCUUGUGGGCCGGCAGCUUGCUCUUAUCGGAGAUGACAUCAAUCGUAGAUAUGAUUUAGAGUUCCACAAUCUGCUAUCAACCUUGCCGCUCAAUGCAGGAAAUGCUUAUGACUACUUCCGGAAAAUAGCUGAUGGGCUUUUUGAAAGUGGCAUAAAUUGGGGCCGUGUGAUAGCUCUUUUAGGAUUUGGCUAUCGAAUGGCCAUUUAUGUCUUCCAGAAGGGUAUGAAGGGAUUCCUCAGUCAAAUCGCAAAAUUCAUUGCAGAGUUUGUAUUAAAAAAUAGAAUUGCACGAUGGAUUGCAGCACAAGGAGGCUGGGUUGCAGCUCUGGAAUUGGAUAAUAUCUAUAUCAAAUGGAUGCUUGGGAUUCUGGCUAUAGUGUUGGUUGGUGUAUUUGUGGUCCACAAGUUUUACAAAUCUUAGUUGGAGGAUAUUCGCUAGAGCAGGCCUCUAGCCCUGGACUAUAAAAAAUAGAGAUUCUUUUAGCAGCAGUUUACGUCUACGUAAUUGUGAAGACUUUGCUACUGAUAAUGAAUGGGAGAUACUUAACCAGAAAUUUCAACUGCUAUCAAAUUGCCAAAUUCAUUAUGAAAGGAUAUUGAUUCUCAGACUGAUUUUGUGCAGGACAGUUUUAAGUUCAGCCACACUCCUCCACAUUGUAACUUUGUAACUCGCUUUAAGGCCAUGUUGGCAAACUACCCUGGUUUUCAUCUCCUCUUCUGAAUCUUGUUCCUGUAGGAACAGCAUUGGAUGCUGAGACACAAACUAUAACCAAUAAAUGGUGUAUUACAAUUGUUUAAAGAUUGAAAAAUGUGAUGAAUGGAAAUUUUAGCCGUUAUUUAGAAAUUCAAAGGCAAAUUACUCCAUUCAUUUUGUUUUUGUAUGCGUGAAGAGUUUGUUUUUGUUUUAGCAGAACGGAUUGUUCCUUGCUUAACACUUGAAGAUGAUCUUUGGGGCUCUCAGUAAGAGCACUUACAUACUAUCCUUUCCAAAAUACUUCUCACUGAUGCACUUUUUGUAUGACUCCUGUACUGUACAUGAAUUGUUGCAUUUGAGGUGACAACCCAUACUGUACACAGCCGAAAUCAAAUUCAGCUUUCAAAAAUGACUAAGAAUGCAGCUGUUGCUAAGCUUAGAAGUCUUUGUCUUUCGUAGAAUUGCAUGUACAGGUGUCUCUGGCAUCAGAAUUGUGUGCCUCCAGCAAUGUCUGUUAUGAAUUAGGUAUGUGUAAUAUGGUUUGAAAUUGCAUAGUAUUUCAGGAGUAAUAACAGUCUGAAUGUCUGAAGACUGAUGAAUGGUGCUGCUGAGAUUAAAGUUUGUGACCUUAAAGGCUGUGUGUAUGAAAUCUGGGGGCUGGGGGUUGCUAAGAUAAAUUCUAAGUUUUUUUUAAUAAGUACCUCUGCAUGAUAUGUUUUUAUGCAGAUUUGAGACUUUGAUUGCAGAUAUUAUAAUGUAAAGGGAGAACUUUAACCUGUGGGCUUUGAACAGUUGAUAUUGCAACAAUUUUCAUUACUAACAUUUGAAUAGUACUUGUGGUCUUACACUUUAUCAUUAGGAGCUUAUCAAAUAAAAAGCACAGUUGCAAAGGGAAGGCAGCUUUCAUUUUGGGCUGACAGGAGGGGAGAAAAACUGCAUAGCAGAAUGUAGAUUGAAAUGUUCAUAGUUUGUGGUGUGGUUGAAGCUGUACCAAGGAACAAAAACUAUAUAAUAAUGAGAUAUAGGACUGAGAAAAUAAAAUUUGGAACAGAAAACUCCAAGGGAUAAAAAUGAUCUGGGGCUGAAGUGCUCAGAAAUUGAAAAUUAAAAUGAGGUAAGUGAUAUGAAUAAAGUUGAGAUUAACUUCAAUAAUAAUCAGCUUUCAAAAUUAAAGAUUGGAAAUUAAUUUUGAAAAUCUACUUGACAGUAUCUAUUGGAAACUCAGCAACUUGUUCAAUAAUAGUCCAAAAUGUUUCUGAUCCUGGAAAUUACUUACUAAUUUUAGAAUUUGGUUAGAUUUUGCGUUAGUUUAUAUGCAG